AUGCUCGCCUUCAAGUCUCUCCGACCCUCUGCUGUCUCCCGACUGGCAACCUCCACCCGAGCUGCCCACGUCAUCUCCACCCCCACCCUCAUCAACAUUGAGAAGCGAUGGGAGUUCAUGCCCGCCGAGGAGCGUGAGGACAUUGUCCACCAGCUGACCGAGCGACAAAAGGUCAACUGGAGCGACCUGACUCUCGCCGAGAAGCAGGCCGCAUGGUACAUUUCCUACGGCCCCUGGGGCCCCCGAAAGCCCGUCCACAACCCCGGUGACCAGACCAAGAUCUUUGUCGGCAUCGGCAUCGGUCUCGCCGCCUCCGUCGCCAUCUUUGGCCUCUGCCUCGCCUUGCAGCCCGCCGACAACGUUGCUCUGCGAACCCAGUCCUUCGAGUGGCAGGAGAAGUCCAACGAGAUCCUCAAGGAGGUUGGCGCCAACCCCUUCACCACCUACAACCAGAUCCAGUCUCCCUCCAAGGGCCCUCUUCCUGAUGAGGAUGAGGAUGACGACGAGUAA